AUGAUUGCAGCUAGAGGCUAUGAGCUGGGGCAGAUACAGCAGAGUGCUGCAAAGCUAGAGAUGGAGAAUGCACAGCUUCAGAUUGAGAUUGCCAAGCUGAAGUCUCCACAGCGUAUCAAGGAUUUGGCGGCACAGGAUUUUGGCAUGAGUAUUCCUACUCAGAUUGCAGAUAUUCAGCAUGAUUCUCGCAAGGUUACUAAGGGUACUCUUUUCGUAUGUAUGGUAGGUGCUCAUGUAGAUGGUCAUAGCUUUAUUCCACAGGCCAGAGAAAGGGAGCUGUUGCCAUACUGA